AUGCGUGUUACACUUGCGACUCUGGCCAUUCUGGCUCAUGCAGGACUCAUCUCAGCUACCGAUGUCUGUGCUCAACAAGCAAAGAGUGACCCAACCCCCAAUUGCAAUGCAAUCAACCUUCCUGGCCUCCAUGACAUCGUGCCAGGGGGCACGCCGUAUACUAUCCGCUGGAAGAACAACACCGGAACCUCCGUCUCCCUCGUCCUCUGCCAGGGCGACUCUCUCGACAUCAAGGAGAUCGGCUGUAUCGUGGACCACACCCCUAACACUGGCUCAUUCGUCUGGACCCCUGCAACGGAUCUCGUGCCAGAUGGAAACCACAAUUACGGCCUCAAGAUUAUUGCAGAUACCGGCGACUUCCAAUGGUCAGAUCAAUUCGGCGUCUCAAACUCCAUAAGUACCUCUUCCUCAUCAACACCGGCAGCCACACCUACACCGUCAAAGAAAGCUGUGAAAGAGUCAGCGAAAUCCGUAAAGGAAUCAGCAAAGUCUGUGAAGCAAGCCUCGGAUGGGCAGGUUCAAGAACCAACAGGCACCGUUGAACUCGAGAAGCACCACACCAAGAACACUUCCAACACCAUCAAGAUUUACGCAACAGGCGAGUCCAAGACCCACACCAAGGUUCACACUCAUACCAAGGACCACGUUGCCAAACCCUUCGCCACCGGUAAACACCUCUCCGCACACCUGGUUCACCACGAAGGCGCCAACGCCACUCACAUCGUCAAGCACCAGAAUUCUCACAUCCUACCUUCCGUCGUUGUCACACCUGUGACGGAGUCUGUGACGCCGACCGUAGCACCAAGUGUGCCAACAACGCUGCCAGCUACGACUGUGGCACCACCAACGUCAUUGAAGACCUCUUUCAGUGCGGGUGGUGCUGUCAGGGCUGCCGUUACGGGUGUCCCGUUGGUCCUUGGAGCUAUGGCUGCUUUGGUGCUGUGA